UUUUAUUUGGGGUCAGAAAAUUUCCUCACAAACUAUACUGAACAACAAUCUUAUCUGCAGAAUUUCAAUCACCUAUUUUUAUUUACACCACUUUUAACUCAAAAUUUUCCCUAUUUCUCUAAAGUCGAGCUACUUAUAAAACAGAGUAUCUACUGUUAUCUUUCUUUCAUUUUUGACAUUUUCCGGCACUUUAACCGGAAAAUAAUGUGGCCUGUGUUGAAAAAAACGAAUCACUUCUACCCUUCUCCACUUUCUACCCAUGAAGAAGUUGUUAACCAACCUAAGAUCUUCUUAGAUACACUCAAAUCUCUCCAUUCUAUGCUGGGAACCAGAUUUAUGGUACCAGUGAUUGGAAGGAAGGAGCUAAAUUUGCAUGUUUUAUAUGUGGAAGUUACAAAUAGGGGUGGUUAUGUCAAGGUUGUUUCAGAGAAAAGAUGGAGAGAAAUAAGCUCAAUUUUCAACUUUUCUUCCACCACCACAAGUGCUUCUUUUGUACUGAAAAAGCAUUACCUUAGUCUCCUCUACCAGUAUGAGCAGGUUUACUUCUUUAAGUUACAAGGCCCUGUUCUUGCACCUCCUCUAGCAGGUCCAUGCCCCGUUGGUCCUGAUGUUGGUGGGACAGAUAUGGAUGAUCAUGAGAAAUAUGAACCUAAAAGAGUUCAAGAUUCAGUUAAUAAAGAUUCUGAUCCCUUGAGCAUUUCAGCGGUAGGAACAAUUCAUGGAAAAUUCGACUGUGGUUAUUUAGUCUCUAUUAAAAUCGGACAAGAUCUUCUUAGUGGUGUAAUAUACCAUCCUGUAGACGAGCCAAGUACUUCCUCUUUCCUUGAUGAAGAAGAUCUUAGCAUGGCUCUCGUCCCUUACGAUCCGAGCACACCUCGGAGAUCAUCGGCAAAAAGAAGGCAGCGUAAGAGGAAGCGUUGGGGGCGAGAUCCAAGCCACCCGAAACCCAACAGGAGUGGCUACAAUUUCUUCUUCGCAGAGAAACAUGCAUUACUUAAGUCUCUUCAUCCUAAUACUCGAGAAAGGGAGUUCACUAAGAUGAUUGGAGAAUUGUGGAACAAUCUUAGCUUUGAUGAGAAAAUGGUAUAUCAGAAUAUUGGGUUAAGAGAUAAAGAAAGGUAUAGGAAAGAAUUACAGGAAUACAAUGCGAAGUUAGCAACAAUAAGAGGCAACAUGAACAAUUUAUAAUUUGCAAUAUCCUAAUAUUGAUGAUUUUCUCCUCCCUAACUGCAACAAAUAGUUAAUAUUACUAGCAAUAUUUCAAUAUCCUGAUAUUUGAUGAUUUCA